GGAGGCAUCGAGUACACGUGUCCAGCAACGAGUUCAUGUGAGAUCACGAGGUCCAGGAGGAAGGCUUGUCAGGCCUGUCGGUUCCAGAAAUGCCUGCAAAUGGGCAUGCUUAGAGAAGGUUGUGUUCGACCGGACCGGGUGAGGGGUGGGCGGCAGAAGUACCGACGCUUGAACGACUCCCCAUCUGUCGUCAUCAGGGCGUCCAAGCCACCGUCACAGCGCAAACAGUCCACUAUAGGCAGCAAGCUGCUGUUAAUAUUGAAAUCCAUCGAACCGGAGAAGGUCUUCGCCAUGCCCGAUACAACGACGCAGGACGACGAUUUCAAGUUCAAGGUCACCAUCUCCGACCUCACGGAUCGCGAACUCGUGGCCAUCAUCGGCUGGGUCAAGCAAGUUCCUGAUUUCAGUACUUUGAGUCUGCAAGACCAGAUGAACCUGCUCCGAUCGACAUGGCUGGAUAUCGUUUGCUUGAACGUGGCCUACAGAAGUCUGCCGUACGAUGGCGAUAUCAUUUUCGCCGAUGAUCUCAAACUGACGGAAGGUGAUGCCUGUGUCUACGGAGUUCCUGGAGAACUGGAUCGUGUCAUCAGAAGGCUCAUCAGGAAGUUGGCAGAGGUGAAAGUGAACUACGACGAGUACCUACUCAUCAAGGCGCUCCUCCUCUUCAAUCCAGACACGAGUCUUGAAGAUGUGAAAUCCGUACAGCAACAACGGGAUAAUGUGUUGGAUGGAUUGUUGGAUUACGAAGGCUGCCACAAGGAUUCGAACCUCCCGCAGAGGGUGUCAGACCUCCUCCUCAUCCUCCCACUCAUCAUCCACGCCAGGUUCGUCAUGAGGGACUUCUGGCUGGCCAUCGCUUCCGACAACAGUAUCGUCCUGCAUAAACUGUUGAGGGAGAUGUUGGAGCACGCCAUCGUAUAG